GCAACGAAGAUGGCGGAGAUGGGAGAAGUGAGGCUGUCAUUUCGGCAGCUUCUCUUCGCGUUACUUUUGUUAUUAGCAUCUCUUCAGACUGUGAUGUCUGCUGCCUUGACGUUGAGGUGCUACUGCUGGCCAGACUGCCCCAUCCACGCGGUGAACAACACGUGUAUUGCUGAGGCCAACGCCAAAUGCUACAGUGCAAUGGUGAGGACGUCAUACGGGGAGGAUAUCAUGACAUACGGAUGCCUGAGUGGGGAUGAAGGACAAUCCACCAUGCAGUGUAAGGGAGACAUAGUGUACCACUUAACCCCCAAAACCAUAGCUUGUUGUGAUAAUGGAACUCACUGUAAUCGAGACUUAAAGCCAAUCUACAAAUAUUUUGCUACAACAACACCAGCCACUGGACCAGAGAACUACAACGGUUUCUCCGAUCACAUGCUGCAGGUGGUGAUUGUUGUCACGGUGACAUUUUGCCUGAUCUGUAUCAUCAUCACAGGGACAUGUCUGUACUUCAGGUUUAAAAGACAACAAAAGCGCCAUCUGGAAGAGGCAGAACGCGAGCAGUUCAUCCCAGCUGGCGAGUCACUCAAGGAACUGAUAGAACAGUCCCAGUCCUCUGGCAGUGGGUCUGGGCUGCCCUUACUGGUCCAGAGAACUAUAGCCAAACAAAUUAAUCUAGUAAAAAGCAUAGGCAAGGGGCGAUAUGGUGAGGUAUGGAUGGGAAAAUGGCGAGGAGAAAAAGUUGCAGUUAAAAUCUUUUUCACGACUGAAGAAGCCAGUUGGUUCAGAGAGACAGAGCUAUAUCAAACCGUACUUCUGAGACAUGAGAAUAUUCUGGGAUUCAUUGCUGCUGACAUCAAGGGCACAGGGUCCUGGACGCAACUUUUCCUCAUCACGGACAUGCAUGAACACGGGUCCUUGCACGACUACCUGAAGGAGCACACAAUCAACGCUCACUCCAUGCUGGUCCUGGCGCAUUCUGCUGCCAACGGACUCGCACAUUUACAUACAGAAAUAUACGGAACACGAGGUAAACCUGCUAUUGCCCACCGAGAUAUCAAGAGCAAAAAUAUCUUGGUAAAGAAGAAUGGAACUUGCUGUAUUGCUGAUCUAGGCUUAGCCGUCAGAUCCAUCAGUGAGACCAAUGAGGUAGACAUUGCCCCCAACACACGCCAGGGCACCAAGCGCUACAUGGCGCCUGAGGUGCUGGAUGAAACGAUACAGAAGAACCACUUUGAUGCAUUUAAGCAGGCAGAUAUGUAUUCAUUCGGCUUGGUACUGUGGGAAAUCGCCAGGCGGUGUGUCUCAGGGGGUAUAGUGGAGGAAUACCAGAUCCCAUACCAGGACUUGAUUCCCAGUGAUCCUAGUUUUGAGGACGUCAGGAAGCUGGUUUGUGUGGACAGACAGAGGCCUGCCAUACCUAACAGGUGGACCAGUGAUGAGUAUUUGCGGACUAUGGCCAAAAUUAUGCAAGAGUGCUGGAAUCACCAUCCUGCAGCCAGAUUAACGUCAUUACGAGUUAAAAAGACAUUGUACAAAAUGGAGGAAAGCAUGGAAUUGAGCAUCAAAGAUCUGAUCUGAAGGGGCACCUGUUAGUACUUAUGGUGCAACUGUAACUUGCCACUGAAGUAUGUAUACUCAUUAAAAGAUGUCCAGCACAAGUAGGUGUAGAUGGUGCUGUUCCUCAAGAGAGGACAACAGCAGACAGCUAACUUACAUACAAAGAUAUGGACUUGUUAGGCAACCAUGUCUUUAAAUAUAAAGACAAUCAUACCAGUCAGGAUGGUAGAACCACUGCCAGGGCUGGCCCCAGGAACGGGUGAAUCCAGGUGGCGCCAGGAUAAAGGAAACGGCAACCUGCCACAAGGUGACAGCACAGUAGAAAUGCUGCAAACUUUUUAUAGAGUUUGUUGAAAAUCAAAUGGCCAUAUUGUGAUGCCUUUAUCAUUAUCUUCCUACAAAGCUGCUGAUUUUAAUUCAAUUUUGUUACAGACUAUUUUAAGUGUGGGACUGUAGUGUUUAGAUCUGUUGUUUUGUUCCUGUAUUCUUUUUGACAAGACAUGCAGGUUCUAGCAAGGCUGUACUUAAAACGUGACAACGAAGAGAACAUGGUUCCUAAAAGCAGCUUUGGAUCAAUAUAUUAGAAGUGCUUCAUUUUAUGAACAUUCAUUUUUUUUUUCAUUGUGCAAAUGGAAAAAAUUCAGCUCGGUGAAAAUCAAUGAGAGAUAAUUAUGAAUAUGUUUAUUUUACUUAAGAUUAUGUUUGAACAGGGUAAAUAAAUUUUCACAGGAAACAGAGAUAUUGUUUCUUUGGUUAUGAGCCCACUACAUUUGAUUUGCUAAUGUGAAUGCCUCUGAAGGAGCAUUAAGUUAUGUUGACUUUGAAUUUAGAUUUGAAGGGAAAGAAAUUAGAAUGUAUUCUUGAUACUGUAAUCAGGCUGUGCCGCUGGGUUGACUUGAAGCAAAGCACUAUGGAUGCAGGGGAUCCGUUAAUUUGUAUGUACAUAAGAUUAAGAUAUGAUCAAUUUCAGGAUUAUGGCAUUUAUGAAUACAAAAGUAAAAUGUGUGGUGUAUUUCAAUAGAAUCCAUAUGUAUAUUGUUUUAUUAUUAUUAUUAUUAUUUUAAGUACUUAGGCUUUUUGUUUCACUCGGGCUUUUAAUAACUUCAACACUGUGUGAUUUUGAAGAAUGUAGAUUGAAGUAUGAAGCAA